UGCAGCUCCAUCAGCCUCGCAAGCCUCGGAGCCGGCACCAUGGCGUGCGCGGGACUGCUCACCGUGUGCCUGCUCCAGCCACCGCGACACCCCGCACCCACGCCUGUCGCCGGACACGCGCUAUUCCAGGACGAGUAUGAACAGGCCUCCAAGGUGGACCAGUUUGUCACUCGCUUCCUGUUGCGGGAGACAGUGAAUCAGCUACAAGCCCUGCAGAACUCACUGGAGGGGGCAUCAGACACCCUGGAGGCCCAGGCCCGUGGCCCACGGUUGGAUGAAGAGAAUAUGGAUGUGCGAAGUAGGUCCCAUGGCAGCCGGCUGGCAGGGCGCAGGGCUCUGAGGAACAUCAGUUGGUCACCUACCUGGUCUUCUGGAUCCUCUGACAUAGGGAGGAGUUCAGAAGCUGAGCUGCAGUGGCGGCUGCAGGUCAACCGUCUCCAGGAGCUCAUAGACCAGCUUGAGUGCAAGGCCCCCCAGCUGGAACCCCUUCAUGAAGAAGACCUUACCAAAGGUCCUGACUCGCACAUCCUUGUGGCCCAGAGGCAGGUGCAAGUGGCAGAGGACACCCUGCAGGACUUCCACCGUGCCCUGUGCUGCUACAUGGACUUCACAGGGGCCCAGAGCCAUUGUCUGUAUGUGUCUGCCCAGAAGAUGCUUGACAAUGCUUCCUUCACCCUAUAUGAGUUCUGGCAGGACGAAGCCUCCUGGAGAAGGCACCAGCAGUCACCCUACAGCAAGGCCUUCCAGCGCAUCCUUAUUGAUCACCUGCAGGCCCCGGACACCCUCACCACUGUGUUUUUCCCAGCCUCCUGGUGGAUUAUGAAUAACAACUGAGCCUGGUCUGCUUAAGCUGAGGACCCUGAAGCCCUGCCUAUCAUUCUAGAGCCUUCUGUACUGGUCAGCUCUACACUAAGACGAAAGACCCUGCCUACACCCAGAGCGGGGUCCUGGCCAACUGGUGGAGGGUCUCUCAGCCCAGGGAUCAGGGACUGGGCUUGCUUUAUUUUACUGUUUGCAGCUUCUGGGCAUCUAGGCUUCUGCCUGAUUCAGGAGGCCCAGAUUCUGGUCCCCCCUCUCUCUCUGCCUUGCUAUGUGAUCCAGGCAGGUCUUUUCCCUCUCUGGCUGCCUAGAGGUGGCCUGCUUUCUUCUUGCUGUCUUGGGGCCAGCUUCUGCUCUUCCCCCAACCAGUGGCAGAACAAGGGCAGAUGCUCAGGGACCCCAUCCAACACUUGGACCCUCUAUCUGAGGCUGGGCCAGAUCAGUCUGCAGAGUGGGGUAGAGACCUAGAUCUUCAUCAUCCCUCUGGGCCAGCUCUAGAAUUUCCAGCACCAGUGGCUGUGCCAGAGACCUCUGGAGGAUCCUGGGUUGGUCUGUAUGUCAUUUGCAUAUCAUUUGCAUGCUGUCACCCCACCCAUUCUCAGGGUACUAUGGGAAGCCCCAAGAUGACCUUGCAAAGUAGCAAUAAUUUGGGCCUAGAGUUGCCUGCUGCCCCAGAGAUCUCUGAACCCCAGCCUGGAACAAUAGCACAGAGGCAAUAAAGUUGGUGGUCACUUGU